CAGUUCGCAAACGCCCCUCCACAGGUGUUAUCAAAUUACGAAGUACUACAACAUUCUUUAUCCCUACGAAAUGAGAAUCUUCAAUUACAAAAGCGAAUUUUAACAGGAGGGUUGAGACAACAACAUGAGAUGCGUAAGGUUUACCCCGUCAAGUUAGAUAAAGAAAAGGAAGAACUUGAGGAAUUACCUUCUGAUGGAGAUGAGAGACUUGAGGAUGAAGCUGAGAGAAGGGGUAUUUCGGAUGAUUUGGUUUGGGUUCAGGAUGAGCUCAUCAAAUAUCUUUGUUCACCCUACAACUCCACAUCGCGUCAAACUGCUCAAGGAGUCAUUCAACUCGCAGAUCAAUUACAAGAUUAUCAAUUGACAAAAGCUGAAAUAUUACAAAUUUGUAAUUUGGCAAGUACCACAGCGGUUGAAUUGUACGCUGUAAUAGAUGAUCCCGAUACACGUUAUCAUCCCGAUCCAGAACCCGCAUUAGACUCAAUCGCUCAAACAGUAUCUUCCACUUUACUCUCUUCCCCAUCAAAAGAAUUAAAUGAAUUCUUACAACCUGUUUCUCUUCCGCAGAUCCAUACCGACUCUAAAUUGGAUGUUUUAGUUUCGGGAGUUUCGGGAAUUUCGGGUCAAGUGGGUAAAGGAGAAGAUCAGGAAUAUGUACAUGAAGCUGAAUGGGGUCCGGAUAGGGAAGAUGCUGUGGAUGAUGAGAUGGAUGAAGGGAAUGAUUAA